GUCCCUACAAAGAGGGAGCAGGGAAGAGAAACGGCAGACGAGGAUAGAGAGAGUGACUGAGAGGAUAGAGAGGGUUCGCAUGCAGGACAGAGUGAUUAAACAGCAGGCAGACAUUGGACAGCCUUUUUUGACUUCCACCACAACUGCUACAGGGGAGGAGAUGCUUAUGUGAGGAGAUCUAGUGAUUGUGAUCGUUUUUUAUCAAUAAAGGCAGGAAUUGAUGAGCUGCUGCAUCUUAGAGUGUCUCGUCAUGGAUGACUCUAGGGAACCUACUGAAUAGAUCUCAACGCUGCAUCAUGGUUCAGCAAAGGACCCACAAAUACUCAUCAGUCAUGGAUGGCAAUUCUACCAGAGAGGUCUUUGUGGGACUCGCGGCAGAGGACGAUGCUGAGGUGUUUGGACAUGUACCUUCUAACAAAGACCCCAACUGGUGCAAAACUCCAACUGGGCACAUCAAGAGACCAAUGAAUGCUUUCAUGGUCUGGUCCCAGAUCGAGAGACGGAAGAUCAUGGAGCAGUGGCCUGACAUGCACAAUGCUGAGAUUUCAAAGCGCCUCGGAAAGCGCUGGAAACUACUGCCUGAUUAUGAGAAGAUACCCUUCAUCAAAGAAGCUGAAAGGUUGCGUCUAAAGCACAUGGCUGACUAUCCUGACUAUAAAUACCGGCCCAGGAAGAAGAGCAAGUGCUCCACCCCUGUGAAACUUGGAGAAAAGUUGCCUAUGAAAUCCAGCAAGCCCCAUUCAGGAAGAUCUACUGGGCUGUCCUGCAAAGGGCUAAAGAUCAAACCCACUUCUACCAAGCCUAAAAUUAACUUUACUGGCAAUAAAUACAAGAGCUACAGUGAGAGCAUGAGUGAUGACGACACGAUGGAUGUAAACUUAGAAAGUCCAGUGACUCUGCAAGAUGAUCACAGCCCAUCAGGUCACUUUGUCCUUCACCAGCAGGCUACCAUUCCCUCUGAGAACCAGCAACCAGUUCCUGAACUCAGAGUGAAAGUGCCCAUCUCUCAGACCAGCAACAUCCAGAGUGUCUCCUCGGACAAUGAGUGCCAAGCUCUUCCAGAGUCCACCACGAGCGAACCACAAGGGUCGACAUCUGGAAGAUCCUCCACACCAUCCUCAACCAGCUCCUCCUCUUUGGUGUCGUCAGCAUGCUCGGAUGAGGAACUGGAUGAGGAACUCUUGCAUAUCAUUUCUAACAGUAUGCCUAUGGACUGCUCCGCUCUGGACAAAGACUUCGAAACGUUUAAUGCUAACUCAGGAUCCCAUUUUGACUUCCCAGAUUACUGCACUCCAGAGGUGAAUGAAAUGAUUUCUGGGGACUUGCUUGUGCCCAGCAUCUCAGACCUAGUGUUCACCUACUAAAGUCAAGUCCUCUGUAAUGUGGCCAGGCCUGCAUAGCUGCCAAUUUGAAAAUAUUUUGUUCAUGUUGUACUUGGACAAUUCCAUUUUUCCAUGUGUUUAUUUUUCUCAAUGAAUUCCGUAAGUGCUAUUGCUUUCCUUUCCAAGCAUGUCACAUCUUGUUGGUUUAGCUAGUAGACACACAGGACUUUGCAGAGCUGUUUGGGAAAGUAAGACAUUCAGAUUUUCGAUGCAAUGCGUGGGCGCACAAAAAUUAUUUUUUACCAGCUGUCUCGAUAAAUGCUACAAGGCAAAUAUUUGUAACUAUUUACCCCAAAAUGAAAAUCCUUACCUAGAUGACUUACUAUAUUCACAAAACACACAAAAAAAGGUAUUUCGAACAAACUGUUUUUGUCCAUACGUCUAUUCUUCAAAAUAGCCAAAAUGUCACGAGGGUGAAGAAAUUACAAAAUUUUGGGGUGAACAAGCCCUUUGUUAUAUAGCACUGUCAUUUUCAUGACUUCUCUUGAUGUAAACACUUAAUCAAGAUUCAUUCAAAUAUGAAUAUUCAAUAGGCAUAAAUGUAGAGUUCUGCUGACAGUGCAUUAAUAUUCUGAAACACUGAAGUAAAAAUUAUGAAAUGGAAAAGAUGAGAGAAACCAUUUAAUAAAACCUGCAGCACUUACAGUAAAGCAUCAGUAACCUUACAGAUAAAAAUCACUGCAGUCACAUAAUUCAUAUCAUAUUCUUUAAUUAGGUAAUAGCACUUUCAUCACCUUGCCAUUGCUGCAGACGUUAAGACACACAUAAGAUAUAAAGGCAGCUCUGCAUCGGCCCUGCGUGCAGGUGUGUGUGUGUGUGUGUGUGUGUGUGUCAAUGUGUGCCUGAACUGUUUGGACUGUUGGCAAAAGAGGGUUAAGGGUAGUGUUUAGGGGGGGUUGGGAUUGGUUCUUUCAGGGAACUGUGCAUCUGUCCAUGCAGGCAGCAGCUUUUAUGCAGGGGUCGGACUCUGCGCUUACCGAGCGUCUGCCGGGGUGGGGAGGCGUGCAAGGGGGGGCUUCCGCACUGGUUCGCUGAAAUGCAUGUCAUGUCUGCAGUCUGGCUGCAGCUGCCCCGAUCAGGGCGAGAAAUCUGUGUCUGCCAGCUGGCCCCCAUUGACUCUCUCAGGGAUCGUUUGUCUAGGUCCUAGUGCCUCCCGUAGGUAAUUCAUCUGUGAUGAUCUGUGUGUGUGUGUGUGUGUGUGUGUGUGUGUGUGAGCGUCUCUUUCUCUCCCGGAGAAACCAUCCGGAGCCAAACGAAGUGACAGAAUGCCCCGGUUUUUCAAAACAGGAUCUGUCCUGUUUUUUUUUGUUUUUUUUACCCACAUGCUCUUAUUAAUUUCAGUUCAGUUGGCACCCAAGAGACCGGCAUUAUUUACCUCCCACCAACAGUUGUCAGAAAAGGGACAACAAACCCUGCAGUUCAUAUCUUACAUAAACUGUUAAUCCUCGUCGACUCGCAACAUCCUGUGAAGAAGCAGUGGCAUGCUGUGCAAAGCGAAAGAACACAAAAGGAAAGGGACCUGCUGUGUAUUUGCUCUUGGUUUAACCUCAUUGUUUGGACUGCAUAAUGACUACUUUUGUCACACUGACCACAGAGGCGUAAACAGUCUCCAUCGUGUUGUGUUUCCUUGUAGGAAAGAGUUGACUGAACUAGUUCUGUACGAUUGGUAUUUUUUCUAGUUUGCAAAAAUCUUAGUUUUGCCAAGUGGUUUUUAGAAUGACGACACACUCUGUGGUCAAACUACACAUGUAAUUCAGGUAUCUGUGUUUCAAGUAAAAAGGGAAACGGCGUUAAAAAUGAGGAUGGAUAGGAAAGAUGGAUGUGGUUUGUGAUACGAGGCCUUCAUUCAUAAAACACAAAAAUAUGUACGUGUAAAAACGUGUAAAAACAUUGCCUCAACAUUUAUGUAUAGCGCAGAAAGAUUUAGUGCUUUAAAUCUAAAUUGUUGGCAUUUUAAAUGCUCAAAAUUGUAGAAACUGUAGUAAUAACGCAAGUUACUGGGAACAUUUGUUUCAUUAUAAGUGAGGCAAGGAAUGGCAUUAAUUUCAUAACACGCUCAGUUGUAUUAUGAAAAACCAAAAUCAAGUUUGCAUGCGUUAUAAAUAAGGACUUGUGAAUAGGUAAACAAAAGGCUUGGGCCUUCAACAAUCAUCAGGGAAAUGAUUUCAGGAAUCGACACGCUCACUAUUUUAGCAGAUUCUGCGCUACUGAAAUUGUGAAACAGCUCACCGAACCUGAAGUUCACACACAGGAACGAGUUUUUGCAUUAAGAUGUAUGUCAAUCAAAUCUGUCUCCAUACACUCGAAAAAUGUAUCAGGUUACACACUGAACCAAUACAGUACCAAACACCAGCAGUCACUUAAAUGGACUCAGGACUAAAAACAUCAGCCCACUGUGGAUCUGCUUUGAUUCAGCCAUUACUAAGAUGCACUCCGUUUGGCCAUUGUAUGUCAUUGUAGAUGAUCUGCAAAACAACUGUAUGUAGCAUCAAAGGUCAAACUGCAAAGUUGUACCUUUUUAAAUAUUAAAUAUUUUAAAAUGCCACAUCACUUUUGGGUGCAUUUUUCAACUGUAAAUAAAACAUUUAUUUAAAUCUGUCUUAAAAAUUGACGUUUUUACAUUUA